UCGAUCGUCCAUAAAUGAAUUGUUUUUUUGUUAUUGAUGGAUUGAUUCCGCCGCUUGAAAAAAAAAAACGAAAAAAGUGCAUUUGGAGUUUCUCUUGUGACUUUCAUGGUCCGUAGUUGCGCUGAUUCAAACCGGAAACGCUGGGGAGGAAAAGGAGGAAGAGGAGGAGGAGGGGAAGGGGGAGGAGGAGGAGGAGAAGGAGGAGGGGGAGGAGGAGGAGGAGGAAGACUAGUUGCUGGAGGAGGAGAAGGAGGAGGAGGAGGAGGAGGGAGGACUAGGAGGAAAAGGCCAAAGCCAGGGAGGAAGCCGACGAAGAAGAGAAGGAGGAGGAGGAGAAAGAGGAGGAGGAGGAGGAGAAAGAGGAGGAGGAGGUGGAGGAGCAGGGAGGAGAAGGGAGGAGGAGGGAGGAGGUGGCGGCAAAAGGGCGAGGAGGAGGAGGAGGAGAAGGGGGAGAAGGAGGAGGAGGAGAAGGGGGAGGAAGAGGAGGAGGAGGAGGAGGAGGAGGAGGAAGAGGAGGAGGAGGAGGGGGGAGGAGGACUAGGAGGAAAAGGCCGAAGCCGGCAAGGAAGCCGGAGAAGAAGAGGAGGACGAGGAGAAAGAGGAGGAGGAGGAGGAGGAGAAAGAGGAGGAGGAGGAGGAGGAGCAGGGAGGAGGAGGGAGGAGGAGCGAGGAGGAGGGAGGAGGAGGGAGGAGGUGGCGGCAAAAGGGCGGUAGUUGCUGGUUUUUGUUUUUUUUGGGCCUUUUCGAACUUGCCCUCCCUGACGCGGCUGCUGUUUUGAAAUAAAGAUCGGAUCGGAUC